UUCACUUCCACUUCCGGUGGUGCUGCUACUUGUCGGUGUCGCUCAUUAGUGACGUAACGCAAUCUUCAGAACGAGCUGUGUUUACUUUUGUGUGUAACCCAGGGAAAAUUCUGCGAAAUAUCUGAGGAGAUGUCAGCUCUGUGUGACCCUAGCAACGGCUGCCAAGAUGCAGGACAAGCAGCUUCAGAGAAAGAGGAGAAGGAGCAUCCCCGCACACUCAUUCCAGAAUUAUGCCGUCUCUUUUAUCAGCUGGGAUGGGUGACAGGAACGGGUGGUGGGAUCAGCCUUCGGCGAGGAGACCAGAUUUACAUUGCACCAUCAGGUGUCCAGAAAGAGAGAAUUCAACCAGAGGAUAUGUUUGUGUGUGACGUGGAAGAGAGAGACAUCAGCUUUCCUCCUGCCUGGAAGAAGUUGAAGAAAAGUCAGUGCACGCCACUUUUCAUGAAUGCCUACACAAUGAGAGGGGCACAGGCUGUUAUUCACACCCACUCCAAGGCUGCUGUCAUGGUAACACUUUUGUAUUCUGGCAAAGAGUUCAGGAUAACACACCAGGAGAUGAUCAAGGGGAUUCGGAAAGGCACCUCAGGCUCUAACUAUCGGUAUGAUGACAUGUUAGUGGUCCCUAUAAUUGAAAACACACCAGAAGAAAAAGACUUGAAAGACCGGAUGGCCCGAGCCAUGGAAGAAUACCCGGACGCUUGUGCAGUCCUCGUCCGACGACACGGUGUUUAUGUGUGGGGCGAGUCGUGGGAAAAAGCCAAGACAAUGUGCGAGUGCUACGAUUACCUUUUUGACAUAGCCGUCCAGAUGAAGCAGUGUGGAUUGGACCCGUCAGCCCUUCCACUGGGGGAAAAAGGAAUAGUCUGACAUUUGCUGUUACUUCUUGUUAAAAGAUGUUUUUAGCUUUUUAGCUGUAAAGGUUUAUUGAGUUCAAUCAUAAGGGCAAAGUGCAAUUCUUUGGCCUCUUUUUAAGAAAUAAAAAACUGAUGAAGUUUGAUGUUAAGGGCAAAUCUAUGAUUGAAGAUCGGACAACUUUACCUCAGAACACCUGCAGAUACACAGUAAAGCACUCUGGGAAGUCUCUCCUGGGACUGUCAAAAACUCUGUUUCUAAUGCUUUACUGUUCAAGCCUUGAUGCACUGAAAUGUAGCUUUUGGUGGAUGUCAUGACAGAUUGGAUCUGGGAUCUGAUUAGAUCUGUCGUGUCAUCCUUCCUUUCUUUUAGUAAGUAAAGUUUGUUCCCAUAAGCAAUAAAAAAAAAAUCCUUUUUGUAUUCAGAGUUUUAGCGGAUAAAAAUAAACAGACGUGUGUGCCUGUGGUCA